UGACACAGACCACUGAAUUGUGGAACAUGCUUCAUAUCAAAUCAUUUUUCCACUUGACGGUUGAGAUUUUCCCGUACAAACGAUCGGUGGUCCAGGUGCACUCUUUUGUGGAGUGGGGGUGCAUUUGCAGUUCUGAAUUUGCAUUCUACAUUGCACAAGCUCUUUCUCUACUUCCGUGGGUGGCUUCUUGGUCGGGAGGAACAUGAAAGAGAAGAAGAAACCCACGCUCUCUUAAUCAUCUUUCCUCUGUUUCUUUUUUCUCUGAGAAAAGUUGAGAGAGAGAAGUGGUUUGAGUUGGGUUGAUCUGAUUUCCUCUGUUUUUUUUUUUUUAAUGAUUAAUGAGCGUGACCCGAACUUGGCUGUUUUUCUUUCCUUACUUUUUGUGGGUUUGUAGUAAAAUUAGUGAUUUAUUUAUGAAUUGAAAAUGCAAGUGAGAAUUGAGUUGGAAAACUCAAGAAUGGGGAAGAGUGAUGGGGGCAGGGAACUGUUGGAGCUCAAAAUCAGGGAGGAUUUAGGGUUUGAGAUAUUGAGGAUUGCAAAUGAGGGUUUUGUAAGCUAACCCUGGGGUUUCUCUGAGCUAAUUCUGUUGUUGAGUAUAAUUUUUUCUGUAUCUGUAUUAUUAUAAAGACUAUAUAUUUUAGUAUAUGCAAGUGAAGUAUGGAUAAACUUAUGAAGCUUUCAACGUCAGGGAUGGAUCAGCAACCUCAUGAAGGGGGCAAAAAGUGUUUGAAUUCCGAGCUAUGGCAUGCUUGUGCUGGUCCUCUGGUGUCUCUGCCUACAGUUGGGAGCCGUGUGGUUUACUUCCCUCAGGGACAUAGUGAGCAGGUUGCUGCCACGACUAAUAAAGAAGUUGAUGCACACAUACCCAACUAUCCAAGCUUGCCGCCGCAGUUGAUCUGCCAACUCCACAAUGUUACAAUGCACGUAGAUAUAGAAACAGAUGAAGUAUAUGCUCAAAUGACAUUGCAGCCCCUGAAUCCGCAAGAACAGAAAGAGAUAUAUCUUCCUGUUGAUCUGGGAACUCCUAGCAAGCAACCUACUAAUUACUUUUGCAAGACGUUAACGGCGAGUGAUACUAGUACACAUGGAGGCUUCUCCGUUCCUCGGCGUGCUGCAGAGAAAGUCUUCCCACCUUUGGAUUUCUCUCAGACACCACCUGCCCAGGAACUUAUUGCUAGGGAUCUCCAUGAUGUUGAAUGGAAGUUUAAGCAUAUUUUCCGUGGCCAGCCCAAGCGGCAUUUACUUACUACUGGCUGGAGUGUCUUUGUCAGUGCCAAAAGACUAGUUGCUGGAGAUUCUGUUAUUUUUAUAUGGAAUGAGAAAAACCAGCUCCUUUUGGGAAUUCGUCACGCCAACCGACCACAAACUGUGAUGCCAUCAUCUGUUCUUUCAAGUGAUAGUAUGCACAUUGGACUGCUUGCUGCUGCUGCUCAUGCUGCUGCUACUAAUAGCUGCUUCACCGUUUUCUAUAACCCAAGGGCUAGUCCAUCUGAGUUUGUUAUACCUUUUCCAAAUUAUGUAAAAGCUGUUUAUCACACUCGUGUUUCUGUUGGAAUGCGUUUUCGGAUGCUAUUUGAAACUGAAGAAUCCUGUGUCCGCAGAUACAUGGGCACGAUUACUGGUAUCGGUGAUUUAGAUCCUGAUCGUUGGCCAAACUCCCACUGGCGUUCCGUCAAGGUUGGUUGGGAUGAAUCAACAACGGGUGAGAGGCAGCCGCGUGUAUCACUAUGGGAAAUUCAACCCUUGACAACGUUUCCCAUGUAUUCUUCUUUGUUUCCUCUGAGGCUGAAACGACCAUGGUAUCCAGGGGCAUCUUCUUUCCACGCAGACGGCAGUAAUGAAGCAAUGUACAACAUGGCUAGGUUUAGAGGUGAAGCCGGUGUGCAUGGACACAGUUCUAUGAAUUUUCAGUCAGUCGGUAUGUUUCCCUCGAUGCCACAGAGAUUCGAUCCACCUAUCUUAAGAAAUGAUCUCAAUCAGCAGUGCGCUAUGCUGGCAGCAGGAUUGCAAAAUUUUGGAAGUGAGGAGUUGCUGAAACAACAAUUAGUGCAGUUCCAACAACCUGUUCAAUACUUUCAACAUUCAGGCAGCCAUAAUCCCCCAUCACAGCAGCAGCAAGCAGUCCCACAAUCAAUUUCUUCUUGUACUCUCUCUGCACAAACCCAAAUGGUUCCAGCUAAUCUGUGUAGGCAAACACAACAUUCCAGAGAACAUUUGCAGCAGCAUACUAGUGCGGAAGCAUUGGUAAUGCAACAUGCUCAACUCCAACAGAUGCGGCCAUCAGAUGCUCCCUCCCCUUCAUUUACAAAAUCAGAUUUGACAAAUUCAAACAAUGAACUUUCAGCAUCCAUUUCUCCUUCAAGAAUGCAAAAUAUAAUGGGUUUCCUUUGUUCAGAAGGGCAGGGUGAUCUUUUGAAUUUCUCAAGAUCUGGUCAAUCAAUGAUCAAUGAACAGUCACCACAACAAUCCCGGGUGGUGAAAUUUGCUCAGUUACCAGUCAGUAAUAGCUCCAACUCAGCUUCACUUCCAGCAUAUCCUUCUGUUGAACAUGAAACCUGUAGCUUGGAUUCCCAGAAUCACACUUUUUUUGGUGCUAAUGUUGACUCUUCAGGACUGCUUCCAACCACCGUGUCCAGUUUAGACACUUCUUCAGUUCGUGCUGACAUGUCAUUUGAACCGUUAGAUGCUUCUGGGUUUCAGAGCUCUCUAUUCGACUAUGCAAAUGAUUUGGAGUUAUUACAAAGCACAGGACAAGUAGAUCAAUCAAACUCAACUGGUACUUUUGUUAAGGUUUACAAAUCUGGGUCAGUUGGUAGGUCAGUGGACAUCUCCCGGUUCAACAGCUACCAGGAACUGCUAUGGGAACUGGGUCAGAUGUUUAGGAUAGAAGGGUUGCUUGAAGGCCCUCAAAGAUCAGGCUGGCAGCUUGUAUUUGUCGACAGGGAGAAUGAUGUGCUUCUCCUUGGAGAUGACCCAUGGGAGGAGUUUAUGAACAAUGUCUGGUAUAUCAAGAUCCUUUCUCCAGAGGACGUGCAGAAACUGGAAAGACAAGACUCUGGAUCAUUAAGUUGAAACCAGGACCUUGUUCUCUAGGAUUUCAAGUCAAUGAUGCUUCUGCCAAGGCACUUUAGCUCCAAUUCUUAUUGUACUGAAGGGCAGAGAUGUCACGCAAUCUUUGAUUUUGUGGCUUGAUAGCAUUUGACCCUUUUACUAUAAUAAUGUAGUGCAUUUAUCGUUUGUAGCAUUGUUGUAUACAAUUGCAUUUUCUGCAGCAGUUAGUGCAAUAUUAAGAAUCAUGAAUCUGCUCUGCUAUUAUAGUUUGUAAACUAAAGACAUUACUGUAUUUUCUUAGGUGUUCUGUGAUAAGGUUCCAGCUGCAAUUUGUGAACAUAAAA